GGUCCGGCCGGGCGGCUGCGCAACCGGCACGGACGCGGCCUCUUGCGGCGGGUUCGACGGCCGGCCCCCGACGCUGGGGAGGACUCUGUCCCGGCGCGACACGGCGCUCUCCCGGAUCCGGUCCCGGCCCGCCGUCGCCCCCUUCACGCACCCGCUGGCGCACCAGAAAACCACCGAGGCCGAGCUCGUCGAGUUUGAGGGGCCCCAGGACCCCUACCACCCGCUCAACUGGCCGACGGACAAGAAGGUCAUCACGACCAUGCUCUACGGCCUCGUCACCAUGUCGGCGACGUCGGCGUCGUCGGCGUACUCGGCCGGCACGGCGCAGAUCGCCGCAGAGUUCGGCGUCGGGCAGCAGGUCGCCAUCCUCGGCACCACGCUGUUCCUGCUCGGCUUCGGCCUGGGCCCGCUGCUGUGGGCGCCGCUGUCCGAGGUCUACGGCCGGCGACUCGCGGUGCUCACGCCCAUGUUCGCCGCCAUGUGCUUCUCGUUUGGCUCCGCGACGGCCAAGGACUACCAGACGCUCAUGCUGACGCGCUUCUUCUGCGCCUUCUUCGGCUCGGCCCCCGUCAGCAACACGGGCGGCGUCAUGGGCGACCUCUACAGCCCGGCGUACCGGGGGUUCGCCAUGGCCGGCUACGCCAUGGCCGUCGUCGGCGGGCCCACCGUCGGCCCCAUCGUCUCCGCCGCCGUCGUCGCCCACCCGGCGCUCGGCUGGCGCUGGACCGAGUACAUCUCGGGCAUCCUCCAGGGCGCCACCUUGCUCAUGGCCGUCAUCUUUGUCGACGAGACGUACCCGUCCAAGCUCCUCGUCGACAAGGCCUCGCGCCUGCGCCACGAGACGGGCAACUGGGCCCUGCACGCAAAGUUUGAGGAGUGGGACGUCUCCAUCGUCGAGCUCUCGAGGAAAUUCCUCCUGCGGCCCGUCCAGCUGCUCACGACGCCCAUCUGCUUCCUCGUCGCCCUGUACGCCAGCUUCUGCUACGGCAUCCUGUACAUGCAGCUCGGCGCGGUGCCCAUCAUCUUCCACCAGGGGCGCGGGUGGUCCACGGUGUCGAGCUCGCUCCCCUUCCUCGCCAUCUUCACGGGCUCCUUCCUCGGCGCCGGCAUCAACUCGCUCAACCAGGUCGUCUACAACAAGUCGUACCGCGCCGCGGGCAACCGCGCCGUGCCCGAGAAGCGCCUCCCGCCCAUGAUGCUCGGCAGCGUACUCUUCGCCGUGGGCCAGUUCAUCACGGGCUGGACGGGUCCCAAGCUAGAAAUACACUGGAUCGUGCCCGUCAUCGGCCUCGUCCUCACGGGCGUGGGGUUCAACACCAUCUUCCAGGCCGCCCUCAACUACCUCGUCGACACGUUUCAGAUGUACGCCGCCAGCGCCAUCGCCGCAAACACCUUCUUGCGCAGCUGCUUCGCCGCGGCUUUCCCCUUGAUCGUGGGGCCCCUGUACAGCAACAUCGGCGUGGGCCCCGGUGCCAGCAUCUUUGCCGGGUUCGCGGCCCUGCUCAUCCCCGUGCCGUUUGUGUUUUACGUGUUUGGCAGGAGCAUCAGGGCCAAGAGCAAGUGGAGCAAGGCCAGCGUGUGGUGAAUGAUGAUGAUAAUGAUGAUGCACAGGACAGAAAACGGGGCCGAGUGCAGGAGUUGGGAGGGGAAGAUUGGGAUGCAUUGAUUUUGAUUUUCAAACAAGAAGGAGUUAGAUUUGCAUAAAUACCCAGACCAUAUAGUAGAGUAAUACAGCCAUGAUGCACUUUGCAACACAAGUUACCAAAG